AUGUUAAAAUCAUCGAGGAACAAGUUACUCUACGAUCUCCCUCAUCGUCGCUUCACGAGUAAGUUUGCGACGAUUAAUAUGUUUAUGGGUUUGUACGUAUCAUACGGUGUUUUGUCGUAUGUGUGACAUAAGUUUGGAGGAAGGGUUUGUUUAUAGUAGAUUGUUCGAGUAAUCCUGUGUACUCUCUGAAAGCAAAUUUUUGACGUUAGGCAAGCACAGAAUUAAAUGAAAAAAAUAAUACAACUUUUUACCGCUCAAGCAGACUUACUUUUACUUCUUACUGUACUUUCUAUUGUAAAGUUUGUUAAUCUAAAUAUAUAUAUAUUACUAUCAUUUUCUAUUAGAAAUUCUACUAUAACAUACAAUUACUGUAGUAAAUUCAAAAUUAAAAAUAUUUUUUCAAAUGUUGUUAUAUAUCUUAUGUAGUUCAGCUAAUACGAUGUGUUCGUAUAAGUUCAUUUAGUUCGUAUGAAAAGAAAAUUAAUAAAGAAACUAAUUGGCUGAAAAUAACUAAUAAUUAAGCUUGUUUAUUAACUGUAAAUCUUUAGAAAACAAAAUACAGUUAAAGAAUGCCAUACUAUGAAGGGUCAUACUAAAGAGGUUUCACUAUACAUAUAUACAAAAAUUGAACUACAAUAGAACUCUUGUACAGCAAAUCACUUUGAAAUUUUAAAUUUGUUUGUUAUAAAAGUGUUCGUUACACAAAAGAAUUUUUAAUGUAACUUAUAUUUACACGCACAGUAAACAUAACCCAAUAUCUUUUUAGAAAUGAAACUCCUAAUCCUUCUCUUCGCCUUGUUCGGCCUGAUAUCAGCCCAAACCUUGAAUGAAUUUGCCGAUCAACUUCACUUGGAACGGAUCUUUGAUCCAUAUACGUAUCAGAGAGUCAAUUAUGAUAUGACAAGAUUUGCGUACAACGCUCGGUAUCCUAACAACAACUACGAUAAGGUGGAUAAAUGGCAGCCAGCCAGUUGGAGCGACAUCUUCGGCCCUCGUAAGGGAAAGUAG